AUGGAUAACCUCAAUCCUCUGUUGAACCCCCGAAAACAGGAGCUGCUGGAGGCUCGAUUCCUCGGCACUAGGUUUCCCAGCCUCCCGGGAAAUGCUAGUUUCAAUCCUCAAACAAGCAAUCAGGACUCCAACCUCAGUUCGACGUCCGUGGGAUCUCAGCCGUCCGAUGGCGAAGUAUACGGCGGUUCCGGGUCCAAGUCACCAAUACCCUACAUGGGGAGCGGCAGUAACGACUCGUUGCUCAUGGCCCCCCCUAUGGGGAAUGGACCUCCGCGUUGUGCAAGCAAAGCAGCCCAGACGGACCUUUCGGGUGAUCAAAUAGCAACUCUUGAAACGAAGAGCACCCAUGACCUGGAGCAACGGGACAUAAAAAUCGAAGAACUACAGAGGGGCUCUGACGAAUUACGUAGACAAAUUUCUACGCACCAAAAGAAUCUGGAGAAGAGCAAAGAGCAAUUGACCAAGUGCAUCGAUGUCACAAAGCAGCUGCUCAUUGAAAAAUCGGCGAUGGAGAAGAAGCAGUGCCGGCAGAAAUGCAUGCAGAAUCGUUUGAGGCUCGGACAAUUUGUAACGCAAAGACAGGGAGCUAGCUUUGUGGAGAACUGGGUUGACGGUCAUGCCUUUACGGAGCUGCUGAAGAAACAGGAGCAAGUUGCGUCCGAACGGGAAGAGAUCGAACGGCAACGGAAACUGCUCGCCAAACGGAAACCGGUCGGACCCGCGCAGGCGGCCAAAAACCAAGGCGGCAAGACUGUCGCCGCCGUGACCCAACAGGCGAACGGAUCCACCUCGGGAGGUGGAGAGUUCGUCAAGCCGGAGUCGCCGAAAGACACCUCGCGGUUGACGUGGUACGAGUACUACGAACAAGAGGAAAUACUUAAACUGCGAGGUCAGACGCUCAAGAAAGAAGAUAGUGACCUUCAGUUAGAGCUGGAGAAGCUCGAACGUGAACGGAACCUUCACAUUCGGGAGUUGAAACGAAUUCACAACGAAGACGCUUCAAGAUUCAAUAACCACGCCGUACUGAACGAUCGAUAUUUACUUCUUAUACUGUUGGGGAAAGGCGGUUUUAGCGAAGUUCACAAAGCCUUCGAUUUGAAAGAUCAGCGAUACGUUGCCUGUAAAAUACAUCAACUUAACAAAGAUUGGAAGGACGACAAGAAAGCGAACUAUAUCAAACAUGCCCUGCGAGAGUACAACAUUCACAAAAGCCUCGAUCAUCCGCGGGUCGUGAAACUCUACGACGUAUUCGAAAUUGACCCGAACAGCUUCUGUACGGUGCUUGAGUACUGCGAUGGUCACGACCUCGACUUCUAUCUGAAGCAGCACAAAAGUAUACCCGAGCGGGAAGCGAGGUGUAUCGUCAUGCAGGUGGUGCAUGCGCUAAAAUACCUGAAUGAAAUCAAACCACCGAUCAUCCACUAUGACCUGAAACCCGGAAACAUACUCCUGGGGAGCGGGUGUUUAUCGGGCGAGAUUAAAAUUACCGAUUUCGGACUAAGCAAGAUCAUGGAUGACGAUAACUACUCCCCCGAAUACGGAAUGGAUCUCACAUCACAAGGCGCAGGAACGUAUUGGUACCUUCCACCUGAGUGCUUCAUCGUCGGGAAGAACCCUCCGAAAAUAAGUUCAAAAGUUGAUGUAUGGUCGGUCGGGGUCAUAUUUUAUCAAUGUCUUUACGGAAAGAAGCCGUUCGGCCACAACCAAAGCCAGGCGACGAUAUUAGAAGAGAACACGAUUCUUAAGGCCACUGAUGUCGAGUUUCCAGCCAAACCUGCAGUGUCGCCCGAGGCAAAACAGUUUAUUAGGAAAUGUUUGCAAUACCAUAAGGAAGAGAGAAUCGAUGUGAUAGCCCUGGCCAGCGAGGAGUACCUCAAACCAGGAAAACAUGGCGGCAGAGCUUCCGCUAUAGUGACGCCGGCCACUCCAACGUAG